UUUUAUUACUCAGAGCAAAAGGACAGUAAUCAUGGAGCAAGUACUAGCAAAAGUCGCUCAGAAUAUGGAGAAGCAGCUCGACAGUGAGAUUGAAAGAUUGGAUGCUCUCGACAACGGCGAUUUGGAAGCGAUAAGGCAGCAAAGGAUCGCUGAAAUGAAGCAACGUGCGAAACAGAAGCAGGAGUGGCUGGCUAAUGGUCACGGAGAGUACACCGAAAUCGACAAUGAGAAGGAAUUCUUCACGGUUUGCAACAAAAGCGAGAACGUCGUCUGCCACUUCUACAGGAACGACACCACUCGCUGUCGCAUCGUGGACAUGCACCUCAAGAUCCUCGCGAAGAAACACGUGGAGACGAGGUUUGUCAAGUUGGACGUGGAGCGGGCUCCGUUUUUGACUGGCCGCCUCAAAAUCCGUGUGAUACCAACAAUAGGAUUGGUCAAGACUAACAAGACGAAGGACUUCAUAGUCGGCUUUACAGACCUUGGGAACAGAGAUGACUUCAGCACGGAUAUGCUCGAGUGGAGGAUAGCCAAAGCCGACGUAAUAGAAUACUCAGGCGAUCUCCUCAUACCACCAGCAGAAGCUAAGAAACAACGGGCCCUGCAGAUUCAGAGCAAGAAAACGAUUAAAGGCAGAGCUGAUUCAGAUUCAGAUCUUGAUUUCAGUGAUUAGCACUAAAUAUAGCCUGUUUCAGAGCGAGAGGCGUUAAAAUGUGUACAUCAGGAGAUGAUUUUCAAACAUGGUCAUUUUCAACUUUAAAUUUAUUUAAAAUUUUUCUUUUAUACAAACCCUGUCCCGACAAUAACAUACAGAAAAAAUUGUUAUUAAUUUGUUGUAAUAAUUUGGAGUUUAUGCGGAUAUAUUGGAUCAAUUUUCUUGUGACUUCUAUUCGUGGCCUAAGUCUGUGGUGUUGCUUGUCAUUUAAAUUGUAUUUAACCUCUGAUACGGUAAAUAAAUUUUAUGAAAUACAAAUAAAUUUUAAUAUGGACG